UCGCUUGCCAUCAGUCGCCCCUAAGUCUCAGGUUUGCACACAGCAUCCCGACACUUUAUCGCCUGAAAUUCCUCACAAUUAAAUAACUAAACUCGUUUAAAUAACGUAGACGUUACUAUGUUAUUUUGUAAAUAAAAAAUAUAAGAUCACAGAAAGGUCGUUUCCAAAAAUGGUGGUUUUUAGUUAUUACGCCACGCGUUAUGCCGGUUUGUUGUUGUUAAACGCAGUGUUACUGUUAGCACAGCCUCUUACAGUUGAGAAAAUAGCAGUUGGAGCAAUAUUCGACCAGAACACUGAGGAAAUUCAAAAUGUCUUCAAGUACGCGAUGACCGUACACAAUCAGAACAUCAGCAGCCGCCGAUUGGAAUUGCAGGCAUACGUCGAUGUAAUCAACACUGCUGACGCCUUCAAGCUCUCUCGACUAAUAUGCAACCAGUUCGCGCGGGGCGUGUUCGCAAUGCUCGGUGCGGUGACUCCGGAAUCCUUCGACACUCUGCACUCUUACACGAACACGUUUCAAAUGCCUUUUGUCACUCCGUGGUUCCCCGAAAAGGUCAUUCCCCCGUCAUCAGGGCUAAUCGACCACGCUGUGAGCAUGCGACCGGAUUACCAUAAAGCUAUCGUGGACACAAUACUGUACUAUGGAUGGAAAGAAAUCAUUUAUAUGUAUGAUUCGCAUGAUGGAUUACUGAGACUUCAGCAACUAUACCAGACUAUGCAGCCGGGCCGAACCGCGUUCCGCAUCGCACUCGUGAAGAGAAUUAAUAACGCUUCUGACGCCAUGGAAUUCUUGUUGGCUUUGGAACAAUAUGACCGUUGGGGAAACAAGCGAAUAGUACUAGAUUGCAAUGCGAAAAACGCCAAAAGCAUAUUGGUCGAACAUGUACGUAAAGUGCAAUUGGGACGCAGGACUUAUCACUACAUGCUCAGCGGGCUAGUUAUGGACGAUCAUUGGGAGAACGAAGUAACAGAAUACGGCGCAGUCAAUAUAACUGGCUUUCGCAUCGUCGACCACUCGCGCAAGAUUGUGCGCGAUUUCAUGGACGGUUUGAGGCGAAUGGAUCCUCGGUUCAAGGGGACCAUAUCGGCGGAGACAGCCCUCAUGUAUGAUGGUGUCCAAGUGGUAAUGGAUGCUUUGGGGAGGCUGUGGAGGAAGAAACCAGAGGCCUUCAGGAGACGCGCUGCGGGACUAGCGAACUCAACCAAAGUCAUCGAUUGCAACCCUGGAAAAAGUUGGGUAGUACCAUUUGAACAAGGUGACAAAAUUUCCAGAUUGAUCAAAAAGACGGACAUUGAAGGUCUUACAGGAAACAUAUCAUUCAACGAGGCGGGUCAUCGACACAAUUUUACGCUACAUGUAGUCGAGAUGACCGUACAAAGUGCAAUGUUGAAGGUUGCUACAUGGAGCGAUGGUCAUGGUCUGCAAGUGGCAGCUCCAAAAUACGUACAGCUUCGUUCGCCAGCUAGCUAUGACACCAACAAAACAUACUCAGUGGUGUCUAUUCUCGAGGACCCAUAUCUCAUACAAAAAUCAACAGAGUACGGACAGAAAGAAGAAUACAUUGGAUUCUGUAAAGACCUCAUGGAUUUAAUUGUGGCCAAAAUAGGAAUUAAAUACAAGAUAAAGCUGUUGAAAGACGGCAAAUACGUUAACGAGCCUGUACCAGACGUCUACACUGGCGUAAUUGGCGAGAUUAUGAGAAAGGACGCAGACAUAGCGAUCGCUCCUUUAGCCGUAACACCUGAACGUGAGCGAUUAGUGGACUUCAGCGAACCGUUUCUCUCAAUAGACACACCGAUCCCUUACACAAGGUCGCCAAAGCAGUUAUCGGACACAUUCAGUUUCCUUCGACCAUUAUCAAAAGAAAUAUGGCUCUGUGUACUAUUCAGUUUCUUUGCUGUCAGCAUAGUACUGUUCUUAGUGUCAAGAUUCUCUCCUCACGAAUGGAAAUCUGUCUCGAUAUCAGAUACGCAACUGGACCAUGCCAUGAGUAGCACAAGUGAGAUUAUUUUGCACAACGAAUUCAGUAUUUGGAAUUCGUUCUGGUUUUCGCUCGGAUCCUUUAUGCAGCAAGGCAGUGACGUGGUGCCGAGGUCUUUGUCAGGAAGAAUCGUUGGAACAGUGUGGUGGUUCUUUGCCCUCAUCCUAGUUUGCUCGUAUACGGCAAACUUAGCGGCGUAUCUGAUUGUGGAACGUAUUACGGAACCAGCGCAUUCAACCAUCAACUAUGCACCAAACGUAGCUCAUACCGAAGUCAGUAAUUUGAAUUUACGAAGCAAUUUCGUGAGGGAUCCAGUUUUGAACGAAGAUACUAUACCAGCUUAUUCCGAUGAUGGAGAAACGUGUGGUCCAUCGCGUGUUUGUCGAUAUAAGCACGUUAAUUUCGCAAUUGCCACGGCAAAGGGAUCGCCUCUCAGGGAGGCUAUUAACUUGGCAAUCGUCAAUUUGAAAAAAGAUGACGUUAUAACUAAACUGUGGCGCAAAUGGGCCAACUAUAACAAGAAGCCGGAUUGCGACGUAAUCAAAGAUGAGGAGGCAUCUAUAACGGAAAUGACGCUGAGCCAAGUUGCGGGGAUAUUCUACGUGCUUGUGGGGGGAUUGGCGUUGGCGCUGGGAGUCGCGUUGGUAGAGUUUUGCCAGCACGGUCGCGCUGAGGCUGCACGAGCCAACGUUCCAUUACGGGCCGCUCUACGGGCCAAAGCUCGUCUCGCUUCCCGCACGGAACGCAAGACCCCGCCACUACGCACGCAAAGCGAUCACGACCGCCUCGGGUGGAAUGGAGCCGCAUUUGCCGGGUACAAUGACUUUCUACUAGGAAGGGAAAUGUUGGGAAAUAUCCAUCGCAAGAUCUAUUAAACAAUAUCAUCAACUACUUCACUUCUGGCACCCAGAUUUCCCAGGAGGAUGCUGUCCAUGCCAGCUUCACACACGUCUGAUCCGCGGAGAAGACCGGCGCCAACGUGCGUCAGUCUUCUACAACGAAAAUACCUAAUAAUGGUGUAGACCUUUAUCAACUUUAACAUAAUUUUUCAAUUGCUAACAACUUUUCAGCGUAACAUUAACAUCAUUACACUUUUUUUUUCGAUUGACAGUGACACGUGCGAGUUAAACUUUUAGUAGUGAACGUAAUAUGUUUUUAAGGUAUUUCUCACUCUGCUUACAAAAAUAUAUGAUUGUCGCACUCCUUCCACCAUAAACUUUAAAUGCGUCCCAUUUCACAUUCCUUCAUCAGCAUUUUAUGAAAUAGGAGUACCUAUAAUAAUUUGUGACUCGGGGUUUUUUAAGAAAUGGUAAAAAACGAAAGAAGUUUAUGCAUAAAAUUUGUCUGAAAUUAAGUAUAUGUUUUUAAAUAAUUUCUGUCGAACUAUAUGUCUGGCAAGUAAUAUAAUAAUGUACAACAGUACUUGUGAAUGCCUCGCUUUUUCAAAAAGAAAAUGCCAGUCUAUAAGUAAUUAAGAUUUCCUACAAAUAAUAAAAGCUACGUGCUCCACCGUAGGCCACAUCAUCACUUACCAUCUGGUGAGAUAGCGGCCAAACGUCGACCCAUUAAAUGUAAAAAAAAGCAUAUUAAAACACAGGAAUUGAAAAAAUGUCUAGUAGCCCUCGUAUAUAUGCAUAAUAAAUAAAUAAAUGACUUUAUCACAGUCAUUGGUGUAGCGGUUGGAUUAUCAAGAACGUAAUUUACGAUAGCAAAUGCAGUAUCCCUUAGUACGAGAUUGCUUUACGAUUAUAAAGCAAUUGAAACGAAAGGCGUUCGGCGCUCUGAUUGGUUGGUUUAUUCGAGCCGGCCAAUCAGAGCGCGGAACGAGCUCUCGUUUCGAUACUGUACACUCGAUUAAGAAGGGCUAGUCGUAUAUGCAUGCUUCUUUAAACAUUAAAGUACAAAUUGUGUUGCAUUUGUGUUAACAAAGAUUAGUUUUAAGAAGUAGUGUUGUUAUAUUAUAAAAGAUAACGUAAGAAUAUAUAGAAUAAAUCAAGUAAACAUAAUGCCAAUACAAGUGAAAAAAUAUAAGUAAAAGAAAUAGAAAACAAAAGUCUAGAGAAGUGCAAGUUCAUUGCAGUUCAUUGUUACGGUUAUUCUAAAAAAAAAGUCUUAUGCCUGAAGUAUUUAUAUUUAGGAAAUACACACAAGUCAUAUAAUAUGUAUAAUAUAUUUUAUAUUUGUUAAAAACAACAUAAUAUCAAUAUACAUAUAUUUAUACAAUUAUAGUUACAUUAUAAAAUAGUAUCAAUCAUUUAAAAGUUGUUUAUUAGACAAAUGAUAAAAUUGUUAUCGUUAUUUUUAUAUAAUAUUGCAUAUUGGAAAACAUAGGCAUGUUGUAGUUUGAAGCUAGAUUAAUUGAUAAAGCAAUAGAGAUGUAGACUGUGUCAUGCAUAAAUAUUUGUUAAUAAAUUAAAAGAAGAAUUUCAAAAAUAUCCUGAAAAUAUUAAAAUAUUAGGGAGAAAGACUAGUGUCAUUUCUACCUUCAUAGAUCCGCCCUGGUGGCCACCCUCAGCACCUGUAAGGGCCACCGUGUCUUCUAAUAGUCCGGUUCCAGUGCCCCUGCGGUACAACACCUGGUACGGUACAUACCUAGGAUUUUUAUAAAAGUCCAAGUCGUGGUCUGAAACGAGUCGCACAUAGCAAUGAAGUACAAUGCACGUCUUUCCUGUGACUUGAUAACUUAGCCUGUUUUUAAAUAACAAGUAAUUUGUUAUAAUACCGUCUACAUCUCUAUUACACAUUUACGGAACGUUGUAACUUAAAAAUUGUUACUAUAUAAGCUAAUAUAUACAAAUAGUUUGAAGUUCAAAUUCAGUUUCAAACGACAAUUUUAAUUACAUGUUAAGAAAGCCUACAACGCGCGAUAAAAUUACUGUGAGAUCAGAACAAGAAAGCAAGGAAUUGUUAAAUAUAUUACAAGUAUUAUAGAAAGUGUAGCAAUAGCUUAACGUGUUAAAUUUUAAAAGAAACAACAUAUUUAUCGAAUCCUAGUAAUAUUAUGUUAAUACACUGUUGCUCAGCGAAGAGGUUUAUUUUCUUCUUCAACUGGAGGAUCCAACUCUAUCAGAAUGGGUAAAGUGUGAACCCACAACCGAUGUGGCUCAUGGGAGCACGUACUCGUGCCUCAACUGAUAAUUGCUAUACUAUUAUAUUCUAUGGGAUACAACGGCUUAUGGGUGUACAAAACGUGCAAAUGGAUCCCCUGUUAGGAAAUAUCGGCGCCGCCUAUGGAAAUCUGCAACACCAGAGAAGUAACGAAUUGCGUUGACGGUGGUAAACUGACCCACGCAGCGAGACACAAAGCAAGCGCUUGUUACUUGAGGCUUAAGACAAAACAAUGACAGUAAAAAUAAUGACGUAACAUGCGUGAGUUAAUUUACAAUACGAAUUCGCAAUUUGACUUCUAACCUAGUAAGUUACAAAGUUACUCGAUACUUUAUCACAUGUAAUAAUAAAAAAUUAAAAGCUCGUUGAAUUUUAUAGAAGAAAUAGAUAAAAUACUUCAAUUAAAUAUCUACACUAAAAAAGUAAAAGAACGUUAGGUAUGAUAGAAAAGCUAGAAUUAGAAGUUAGAUAUAGUUAUUAUAAGAAAAAAUUCACCUCACGCAAAUUAUAAGCAAUACAUAUAGUUACUUACAUAAUUUUAUAUUAUACACAAAAAUAUUAUGUAGUGAUAUUGACGCAAACAGGAACAAACGUCGUUGUAGAUUUUGAUAUACAUCAAAAAUAUAUAAAGCAGUUAAACAGAAGAGAUCAAUAUACAGUGAAACUUGGUUAAGUGGGACCUGGAUAAGUGAGAAACCUCCACAACUGGAACUCAUACUGAGGUCCCAACAUAUUGGCACUGAAUUACCUCUAUUAGUGGGAAAAAUAAUCCUCUUUGUCCUGGAUUCGUUCUUUCGAUUUAUCAUUUUAGGUUCGGUCUAUGAUAUAUAUAUUGAGAUGAAUAAAAGUUCAAUUCCGAAUAAAAUAUUAUAUUGUUCACUAAGGAUACAGAUAAUUAUUACAUAAAGGUCUAACCCGGUACACCGUUACGCGGAGACUGAAUCAGAGUUUUAUAUUUAAUAAAGGCAUAGGAACAUGAAUAUGACGCCCCACACACACAGCCAUGCACAAUGUUUACAUAAGUGUAUAUGUGAGUGUCCCUACAAUCAUCAUAGUUACCUCUAUAACUGAGACAACAAGUGAAUAUUAAAUAGAUAAACCUCAGUAACUGAGAUACUUCUUUUUGUUUACCGACUUACUUAUUCUUAUUUAAUUACAAUGUGCACAAAACACAUAGUCUUAUUUAAGAAUCACACCUCUUUAUCUAAAAUAACCUGUAUUUUCACCUCUAUUAAUGGAACCCUCUGUAAAUGAGACAAAUAUUUAUUUAUACCUAGUUAUCUGAGACACUGGGUUAGUGGAAUACCUCUAUAAGUGAUACGAAUUUAAAGACCCCUUGAUGUCUCACUUAACAAGGUUUCACUGUAUUACAAUAUUUAUAAAUAUCACAUAACUUUAUUAUAAAAUGUUUUAUAUUGAUAUUAAAUUUAAAUUAUUGCAUAUAAAAGAGUGAUGUUGCUCCUAUAUAUUUUGUAUUGGAAAUUUGUGAUGCAAUUCUUCCAUAGAACAUAUGACGUGCCGCAUAACUGUUAUUAGUUUUAAAAAUGAUAGUCAAAUAAUAUAACAAGUGUUUAAUAUACUUAAGCAAACGAUUUUAUCUAUUUUCGUCAUUGAAAACUAUAACAUUAUGCACUUAAAACCAUGUUAAAGACACCUCUAAGCAAUAUUGAGAAUUGAUUUUGACAUAAAUAUAUUCUUUGUCUUGUCAUAAGUAUCAAAUUCGCACAGUUCCUCAUAUUUUUAAAAAUAAGAUUAGAUAUGAAUGUAUAAUCUAUGAUGUUAAUUGGUCUAUGUAAGUGUAUUUCUAGUUAGUGUUUGUAGAACUUAAUCGUAUCAUCAAGAUGAACUAUGUCUAGAUGAGUAGGAAACAUAUCUAUGUGUCAAAUGUGUUAAUUAGAUUCAUUGUGCUAUCUUAUCAUCGUGGUAAUAUUAUAACCUGCACCACUAUCGUAUACUAAACAUAAAAAAUACUAUUAAAAAAAUAUAAAAAAAAAAGAUUCUGAAGCACCUUAAGUAUUCCAAAUUAAAAAAAAAUGUUAAUCUGCGUAGUGAAAUUAAUUUAAAUGUUAUGAUAACUUAAAUUCAUGUUACCUGUCUAUAUGUUGUUUUAUUGUCGCAUGAGAAUUAAGUGCUGAAUAAAACCUACAUUAGUUUAUGUAUUCUUCUCAUGAAAAGUAUCUCUUGCAAAGACGCCACAAAGAAAAUAUUAAGAAUAUAUUCAGUAAAGGGGAAAGACUAGCGCUAUUGUUUUGCUUUGGAACUGAUAUCUGUAGAAGCUUAUGUAUAGCAGCAACAUACAAACGUUCAAUAUCUAUUUCAUCCCCUAUUAAGCAAAAUUUCCAAAAUUCCUAAAACACGUAAUUAUUUGUUAAUAAGCACUAGCGUUUAACGUAAUUCAUAAAAAAAAGUUAAGAUAUAAUUAUAAUUUUACAGUUUCGGUUUUUCCCAUUCAAACCUUUAAACCCCUUCCAAAACCAAUGACUAAAUGAUACCACUGGUCAAGCUAGAGCUGAGAGGUAUUGUCAAAAAUUAUCAGACGAAUCAAAACAGAAUACUCGACGAGACACGAUAGACGCUACAAGAAAGCUUAAGCUUAAAUUUCAACAAGUUUCACUUACAAAUUAAUAUGAAUUCUUCUUGAAUACUACUGUGGUGGUCAUAGCCGUUGAUUUAGUAUUUCAGCACCUUAUUGCAGUUAUCAUAGUGCCAAUUAGUUUUAUCAUUGACUCAUUAAAAUUAAAAUCAUUUCAUUGUAUCUCUUAAGAAUGUAGUUUAUGCAAACAUUAUAACACUAUAUUACUUAAAUAAAUAUUGUGAAGUUA